ACCUGCGGCAGGUGUCGCCGCGCAGGAUGGCCCGGCGGGGCGCGGAGCCGCGGGCGCUGCCCGAGAGGGCGGCGGAGCUGCGGAACAGACUCGUAGACCGAUGCGAGCGGCUGCAGCUGCAGAGCGCUGCUAUCGCCAAGCACGUGGCCGAGGUGCUGCCCGCCAGGAGCCAGGGCGUGCUGAGCGCUGCUAACAGUGCCCGAGAGUUGGUCAUCCAGAGGCUGAUCUUCGUGGGGAAGGUGUGCGAGAACGAAGAGCAGCGGCUGCUGGAGGAGGUGCACGCCGAGGAGGAGCGGGCGCAGCACAGCAUCCUGACGCAGCGGGCGCAUUGGACGGAGGCGCUGCAGAAGCUGUCUGCCCUCCGCACAUACCUGGUGGACACCAUCACCAACCUGGACGACCAGGACUUGGUGAAUGCGGAACAAGAGAUCUUCGAGAGGACAGAGGUGGCGGAGGGAAUCUUAGAGCCGCGGGAGUCUGCCAAGUUAAACUUUAAUCAGCAGCGUGUUCAGAGUCCGCUGCUGCACCGCCUGUGGGCCUCUGCGGUUCUCUGCUGCGUGGCAGGCUCUCAGGAAAUCAGCAUAGAUGAGAAAACCGUCAGCCCCUACCUAAGCCUGUCGGAAGACAAGAAAACUCUGACCUUCAGCCCCAAGAAAGCAAAGCUGGACUUGGAUGGCCCCGAGCGGUUUGACCACUGGCCCAACGCUUUGGCUACUGCGGCUUUCCACACGGGGCUCCACGCAUGGAAGGUCAGCGUGGAGAAGAGCUGUGCCUACAAGCUGGGGGUGUGCUACGGCUCCCUGCCACGGAAGGGGCCCGGCAAUGAAGUCCGCCUGGGCUUCAACGCUGCCUCCUGGGUCUUCUCACGCUAUGACAAGGAGUUCAGGUUCUUGCACGCCGGUCAGCCCCAGCCUGUGGAGCUGCUCAGGGCCCCGGCUGAGAUCGGUGUGCUGGUUGACUUUGCGGGAGGGGAGGUGCUUUUCUAUGACCCCGACUCCUGCACCAUCCUCUUCUCACACAGGGAGGCCUUUGCAGCACCACUCUACCCUGUCUUUGCGGUGGCACACCAGAGCAUCUCGCUCAGCCAGUGAGAGGUGGGCUGCAAACACACGGCUGUAUGGACAGUGAUUGUAUUCACCACACAGUGCCUUCAUGGGGUGACGUGCCCAGACUUGGCUACCAGCAUGUACAGCGAUCAGAAAAGACCUGCCUUCAGCCUGUA